GAAAAGUGUGGUUUUAAAAAAAAAAGUAAAAAAUUAGAUUACAUAAGAUUGUUGGCGGGGGAAAAGACGAGAAGCUCCAGUUCCACUCGUUCUUCAACUUUUGGACUUUCUGACGCCAGGUGCUUUCCGUGUGGAGGAGAAAAAAAAAAGGGUUGUAGUACAUGCGUAGACGCUCCCAGCUGGUGUGGACCAAUCACCGGCCAAAGAGCAAACUAUAUCUCUGCCUUGUUGGCAUGUCGAGCUUCUAGUCUGACGUUGGACAUGCUUUCGAACUGAAGUGCGCUGCAGAUUCUCGACUGAUGAUGAACAAACGACAAGGGCGGCCUUUCAGCGCGCUGCCGCACUGCUACUAUGAGGGCUACCUGGAGAAGAGGUCCUUUAAAGAUAAGAAAUCACGUAGGCUGUGGACUUGUCUGUGCGGGAAUGCCCUGUACUUCUUCAACGACAAGAGGGAAAUUGACCAGUACAUCGAAAAGUUGGAUCUGAGCGGGCCUAUCACCAUAACAGACGACACUACAAUGGAUUACAACCUGGACACGGCCAAAAUGAACCUUCAGACCAAAGACAGCAAUAUCAAAUUCUCUGCCCCCAAUGCCGAGGCUCGGGAACUGUGGAAGGGCUUCAUUCAAUCCGUGGUUGAGCUGUCGGUGCCGUCGACCCUGAACCUGCUGCCGGGCCAGAUGCUCAUGCUGGAAGAGGUGGUGAAAAAAGAGAAAGAGAGACUCCGAACCUUUUCUCCCACUAGUGUCGUCGAGUCCAUAGAGGAAAUGCCAGAUUGCGGCCUGUCCCCCAGUUGCUUCCAUCUUGUGACCCGUACGGAGGCGGAACUCCUGCUGGAGCGAGAGGCCAGUCGGGGAAACCUGCUGCUGAGGCCCAGUCAGGAUGGCACAGGCUUUGCUAUUAGUACCAGGGAAGAGAUGAACGGGCCCAUCUUCAAACAUUACCGCGUGAGCCACAACCACGACGACGGCUUCACCAUCGAAGUGGAUAACCCUGUCCAGUGUGCUUCGUUGCUUGACAUCAUCAAUUACUUCUCAGAAGUGACAGAAGGCAUGCUGAAGCCUCUGGUCAGGGAGGAAACCUACGAGCAGAACAUCUCUUAUGUUGGCUUGGAUAAUGAAAAUGGAGAGAAGAGAGUGCGCGGUGCUUCCAUGCACCUCCUUCCGCCGGCUGUACAGCCCAAACCAGCUUUGGCAAGAGCGACGAGUGAAGACGUGGAGGAAAAUGUGUACGUGAAUGACAAAAAUCCCAAAGAUUUCGCAGCGGAGCGGCCACCAGAGACCGACACCAAACUGUCUGGGAAAUCGCUGAAAGCCCCGACGCCCGCCCCUCGCAAAUUCCCGCCGUCUCCCUCGCCGCCAUCCACCACCAGGUCCACACACAGCAGAGAGCUGAGAACGAAGACCCACUUGGACCAGCAUAACCAGACCAUAUCGGAACUCACGAUGAUGUUCAAGAAGAUGGCCAAGUGUGUCGAAUGACCAACGCCCUCGCCGCAACCAAACAAUGUGAACGUCUCCGAUGACACCUCCGUCACCACGACGACCAACUGCACUUUUCCAUCCUUCCCCUUUUUCUCAGGACAGCCCAAUGCAAAUGUACUGUAGAGCUGGCCUGCUUUUGACAUGAAUUGUACAUACAUACUAGACACCGGGCACAGAUUUAAUUUGAACCCACGUGAUUUGACUGUGAUUUUCUACUAUAUGUAUAUUUUUGGACUUGAUGUCAAUAAAAGUCCCUAA